AUGAUUGGAGGGGCCUUUUCCAUCCACAGCAAAAUCACGCAACCUCAACUUUCCUUUACAGAGAAACCAACACCUCUAGUGUGUGCCAGUGUUAAUCUAAGAGAGUUUCGAUUUGCCCAGACCAUGAUAUUUGCUAUUGCAGAAAUAAAUAAAAGUAAAGCUCUUCUACCCAAUGUUUCCAUUGGUUAUCAGAUUUAUGACAACUGUGGCUCAACAUUAACCUCAAUGCGUGCAGUGAUGGCUCUAUUGAAUAGUAAUGAGUGGACAUUGGGCAAUAGCUGCUCUGGCCAAUCAUCUGUUCACACUAUUAUUGGGGAGUCUGAGUCUUCUUCAACCAUUGUGCUUUCACAGACUACUGGACCAUUUAAAAUACCAGUGAUAAGUCAUUCAGCUACUUGUGAGUGUUUGAGCAACAGAAAGGAGUAUCCYUCAUUCUAUCGAACUAUUGCAAGUGACCUUUAUCAAAGUCGUGCCCUUGCUCAGCUGGUCAAACACUUUGGCUGGACCUGGGUCGGAGCAGUCAACAGCGACAGUGACUAUGGCAACAAUGGAAUGGCAAUCUUCCUUGCUGCAGCCCAGGUGGAAGGAGUGUGUGUGGAGUACACAGAGAAAUUCAACAGAGAUGAGCCCGAAAAACUCCUCAGAGUUGUAGAUGUGAUCCAAAAGAGCACCACUCGGGUCAUUGUUGCCUUUCUUGCCCAUGUGGAAAUGAACAACCUGCUAGAGCAGCUGAGUCUGCGUAACAUCACAGGUCAACAGUUCAUUGGUGUGGAGGCCUGGAUCACUGCUGACAGUCUUGUUACACCUACAAGCUUUAGUGUGCUGGGAGGUUCAUUAGGCUUUGCUGUACAAAAAGCCAAUAUAAGUGGUCUUGAGGAUUUUCUAGUUAAAGACUUUUGGGAAACAGAGUUUCAAUGCAAUGAGACAAACAUAGGGAGUAUUCUUAACUCUUGCAAAGAAAACCAGGAUUUAACUGCUUUGAGAGAUUAUGAUGAUGAUGUGGCAGAGCUGAGAUACUCUAGCAAUAUUUACAAAGCCAUCUAUGCAGUAGCUCAUUCUCUGCACAGCAUCCUCAAGUGUUCUGACAGUAAAGGAUGUACAAAGUCUACAGAGGUCAAGCCUUGGGAGAUAGUAGAAGCUCUAAAGCAGGUGAAUUUCACUUUAAGUAAUGGGGACCAUGUGUGGUUUGACCACACAGGAGCGGUAGCUGCAAAGUAUGAAGUGGUGAACUGGCAGCAUGUAUCAGAUGGAUUCGUUCAGUUUAAACCAGUUGGCUACUAUGAUGCUUCUCUUCCUCUUGGGCAGAUGUUUGUUCUUGAUACAAAUGCAAUAAUUUGGCCUGGAGGAAGCAAGGAGUUGCCUGUUUCAGUAUGCAGUGAAAGCUGCCGGCCCGGAGCUCAUAAAGUCCUUCUAAAAGGAAAGCCUGUUUGCUGCUAUGACUGUGUCCCAUGUCCAGUUGGGGAAAUUAGCAACACCACAGAUUCUAUUGACUGCAAAAAGUGUCCUGAAGCAUAUUGGCCCAAUCAUAACAGAGAUGCAUGUGUACCUAAAAUUAUUGACUUUCUCUCCUUCAGUGAGGUUAUGGGCAAAAUACUUGUUUUUUUCACUUUGCUUGGUGUGCUUCUGACAAUAAUAGUGGCAACACUAKUUCUGAUCUAUAAAGACACUCCACUUGUAAAAGCAAACAACUCUGAGCUGAGCUUCUUGUUGCUCUUCUCGUUGUCCAUGUGUUUUCUSUGUUCUCUGACCUUCAUUGGCCAGCCCACUGAGUGGUCCUGCAUGCUGCGACACACGCUGUUUGGCAUCACCUUUGUCCUCUGCAUCUCUUGUAUUCUAGGGAAAACAAUAGUUGUUUUAAUGGCCUUUAAAGCUACACUCCCAGGCAACAAUGUGAUGAAAUGGUUUGGGCCUUCACAACAAAGACUCGCUGUUUUGUCUUUCACUUUCAUACAGGUCAUAAUUUGUUCUCUGUGGUUAACAAUAAAUCCUCCAUUCCCCUUCAAAAAUAUGAAUUAUUAUAUGGAGAAAAUUAUUUUUGAAUGUGCUCUGGGAUCACCUAUUGGCUUCUGGGCUGUUCUAGGAUACAUUGGAUUUCUCGCUUUGUUAUGUUUUGUACUUGCUUUUUUGGCCAGAAAGUUGCCAGAUAGCUUCAACGAAGCCAAAUAUAUCACAUUUAGCAUGUUGAUAUUUUGUGCAGUGUGGAUCACCUUCAUCCCAGCAUAUGUGAGCUCACCAGGGAAAUUCACAGUUGCAGUGGAGAUACAGUUUUUGCCAUUCUGA